AUGCCCCUUGUCAAGAAUCAUGGCCGUCAAUACGACAUCGUUGUCCUUGGGGCAACUGGCUACACAGGAAAAUUGACGGCUGAAUACAUUUCAGUGCACCUUGCAACUGACCUGAAGUGGGCAGUCUCUGGUCGUAACGAGUCCAAGCUAAAGGCUGUUGUUGAAGAGUGUCGGGAGCUCAACCCUGAUCGACUGCCACCAGCCAUUGAGGUCGUAAACCUGAACGACGCCGAUUUGAGUGUUCUGGCAAAGAAGACGUGUAUUAUCGUAACCACCAUUGGACCAUAUAGCCUGUACGGUGAACAUGCUUAUAAGGCUUGUGCCGAGGCCGGAACCCACUACGUAGAUGUCACUGGCGAAGCUGCUUGGGUUCAUAAGAUGAUCAAGACAUAUGAAGCAACUGCUAAACAGACAGGUGCCAUCUUGAUUCCACAAGCUGGAAUUGAGUCCGCUCCCGCCGAUCUCAUCACAUGGACCAUGGCCAAGGCUAUUCGUACUGACUUAGGCUCUCAGACAAGAGAUGUGGUCGUUUCUCUCCACAAAAUCAACUCGGCACCAUCCGGUGGCACACUCGCUACCGCCUUAAGUAUCUGGGAUGUCUUCUCGCUUCAGGAGAUCAAGGAGGCUAGUAGUCCGUAUGCUCAGUCACCUAUCCCACGCAACAACGAGCCCACACGGCCCAGGAGCUCCAUUUUCCAGAUGAUUUUUGGCGUUCGGACCAUACCAAAUCUUGGGCUCCAGACCACGUCUGUCACGAACUCAACUGAUGUUGCAGUUGUUGAACGCACCUGGGGUCUCCUCUCCUCUACGCCAUCCCGCAAAGAUGAGUUUUAUGGUCCCAAUUUCGUUUGGGUAGAACAUAUGAAAGCCCGCAACUGGCUCCAUGGGAUCUUUAUUCAUUGGCUUCUUAUUGUCGGUGGGAUCUUACUCGUAUCAGUUGCACCAUUGAGGAGCUUUCUCAAAAAGCGUGUAUAUCAGCCUGGGGAAGGUGCUAAACGUGAGGACACGGCCAAAGAUGAACUCGAGUAUCGUGGCAUCGCAUAUCCUGAUUCGGAGAAGGCUGCUGGCAAAGCAGCUUUCUGCCGUAUGUGGUAUCAUGGUGGCAUGUACUUCUUUUUGCCCACAGUGACAGGAAUGCUCCUUGCUGAGAUUGCCGCAACAAUUCUUGAAGACGACAUUGAGCUCGAUGGCGGAUCUUAUACACCAGCGUGCCUAGGUCAAGGUUUGGUUGACCGCUUGGACAAGUCUGGAUUCAGGACAGAUGUCAAGAUUAUUGAUGCUUGA